AUGACAAUCGUUGGAAUCUGUAGUUUCUUUGUUGAAGGCCAGGGAUCUACAGCUGAAGAGGGAGCUGGAACUUGUGAAGUGGUUGAGAUAGCAGCGUCAACCAGGAGAAGGAAGAUGGGGAUGGUUAGAUGGAGCAAACUGUAUUCUUUUGCAUGCUUGCGAACCUCAACAUAUGAACCGUCUGCUGCUCAAGAGCUCAUCGGUCAGCCAGGAUUUUCUAGGGUGGUUUUCUGCAACGAACCUCACCGACACAAGAGAAAGCCUUACAAAUAUCCUUACAACUAUAUAUCCACAACUAAAUACAACGUUCUGACUUUCCUUCCAAGAGCGCUUUUUGAGCAGUUCAGAAGAGUUGCCAAUUUCUAUUUUCUAUUGGCAGCAGUUCUGUCGCUUGCUUCUUUGGCUCCUCUUUCACGAGCAAGUUUGAUUGUUCCUUUGGUGUUUGUGGUGGGAAUCAGCAUGCUUAAAGAGGCCGUGGAAGAUUGGCAUAGAUUCUUGCAGGAUUUGAACGUAAACAAUCGAACUGUAAAGGCUCAUGCGAGCAAUGGAGAAUUUGUAGAUAAAUUGUGGAAAGAACUUCGCGUAGGAGAUGUUGUAAAGGUUAAUAAAGAUGAAUAUUUUCCAAGUGAUCUUCUGUUACUAUCUUCCAGCUAUGAGGAUGGCGUUUGUUAUGUGGAGACCAUGAACCUUGAUGGAGAAACGAAUCUGAAAAUUAAAAGAUCCUUGGAAGACACUCUUUCUCUGAAUGAGGAUGAAGAAUUCGGUAGAUUCAAGGCCACUGUCCGUUGUGAGGAUCCAAAUCCUAAUCUUUACACCUUUGUGGGGAAUUUAGAGUUUGAGAAUGAAUCACAUCCUUUGAGCCCUGCCCAACUGCUUUUAAGAGAUUCAAAACUCCGAAACACUGAUUACGUUUAUGGAGUAGUAAUCUUCAGUGGACAUGAUACAAAAGCAGUACGGAACUCCACAAGAUCACCAUCUAAACGUAGCCGGGUAGAGAGAAAAAUGGAUCACAUCAUCUACCUUCUUUUCUCAAUGCUUCUUUUGGUUUCCUUGGUUUCCUCCAUUGGAUCUUCACUGUUAAUGAAGCAUGACAUGGAUGAUUGGUGGUACCUUCAGUUGCCAGAUGACAAUAAGGUCCCUGACCUUGAGGGCUCUGACUCAAAAAAAGAAGAUCUUGUUAAAGUUUUACAAGCAAUGCUUAUUAAUAAGGAUAUAGAAAUGUAUGAUGAAGCAGCAUGCAAGUCAGUUCAAGCCCGGACGUCAAAUUUAAAUGAAGAACUUGGUCAGGUAGAAAUGAUACUGUCUGAUAAAACUGGGACUUUGACAUGUAAUCAGAUGGAGUUUAGGAAAUGCUCAAUUGCUGGAAUUUCCUAUGGGGGUGAUACAACUGAAGUUGACCUUGCUGCAUCAAAAAGAAUGAAUGCUGAUUUUGAGGCAUGCCAGUUCAGUAUUGGUGAGUCCGAUAGAAUUAGCCAAAGCUUUGAAGUAUCUAAUUUUAGUGCUGAAAAGGCUGUUCUCGGAUGCCCAGAAGUUCAGGAUAAUGCAAAUAAAGGGAUUUCAAGACUGUCUAGAACUGAGGAGGAAUCUGUUAUCAAGGGUUUCAAUUUUAGAGAUGACAGGCUUAUGAACAAGAAUUGGAUCCAUAGAUCCAGCUUAUUGGAAAUUACAAUGUUCUUUAGAGUCAUGGCUUUGUGUCAUACUGGCAUACCUAUUGAAGAUGAUAAAAUCGAUAAGCUAAGGUAUGAAGCAGAGUCACCAGAAGAAGUGGCUUUUCUGAUUGCGUCCCAAGAGUUUGAGUUCCAAUUUUGUAGAAGAACUCAAUCAGUGAUGGUUCUUAAGGAGUUUGACCCUUCUGGGAAAGAGGUGGAGAGGUAUCAUUUCAAGGUUAUCUUCAGGGAGUACAAGCUACUGAAUCUGUUGGAGUUUAGUAGUUCGCGUAAGAGGAUGUCAGUCAUAGUGAGCAACGAAGAUGGUCAGAUAUUUUUACUUUGCAAAGGUGCAGACAGCAUAAUCUUCGAUAGACUAGCUGAUAAUGGAAGGACUUAUGAGCAAGCAACAACUUUGCACCUUUCAAAUUACGCAGAAGAUGGUUUUCGAACUCUAGCAUUCGCUUACAGGAUAGUUGAGGCAGCCGAGUAUGAAUGUUGGAACACAGCAUUUACAAAAGCCAAAACCACAGUUGGUCCUGAAAGAGAAGAAUUACUAGAGAAAGCAUCGGAAAUGAUAGAAAAGGACUUAAUCUUAUUGGGGGUUGCAGCUGUUGAAGACAAGUUACAAAAAGGGGUCCCAGAGUGCAUAGAUAAACUUGCCCAAGCAGGGUUGAAAAUAUGGCUGCUCACUGGUGACAAGAGGGAGACUGCAAUAAACAUAGGAUUUGCUUGCAGCUUACUCCGUCAGGAUAUGAAACAAUUUCAUUUGAGUUUGAGCAGAGAAGCUGAGUCUAAUAACCAAGUAAAGGCUAUGAAAGAAGAAAUUUUGCAUCAAAUUGAAAAUUCUUAUAAAGUGAUGUGUGAAGAAAGAAACAAAGAGGCUCCAUUUGCUUUAGUUAUAGAUGGAAAAGCUUUUGAAAUUGCCUUGAGAGGGGACGUGAAGGAUGAGUUCUUACAAUUGGCUGUUAAUUGUGCUUCUGUCAUAUGCUGCCGAGUGUCCCCAAAACAGAAAGCUUUGAUCACUCGAUUAGUAAAGGAAUACACAGGCAAAACAACUCUUGCAAUUGGGGAUGGGGCAAAUGAUGUUGGUAUGAUUCAAGAAGCUGAUAUUGGAGUUGGGAUCAGUGGUAUGGAGGGAAUGCAGGCAGUCAUGGCUAGCGAUUUCUCACUACCUCAAUUUCGAUUCUUGGAGAGAUUACUUAUAGUUCAUGGGCAUUGGUGUUAUCAGAGAAUAUCAAAGAUGGUUCUGUACUUUGUCUACAAGAAUGUCGCAUUUGGCCUCACUCUGUUCUACUUUGAAUUAUACACAAGUUUCUCUGGCGAGGUCUUGUACGAUGACUGGUACAUGACAAUGUUCAAUGUGCUGCUGACGUCCCUGCCCGUCAUAGCAUUAGGAGUCCUGGAGCAGGAUGUUUCAUCCGACGUAUGCUUGCAGUUUCCAGCCCUUUAUCAGCAAGGGCCAAGGAAUGUACACUUCAAAUGGAGCCGCAUAAUUGGCUGGAUAUUAAACGGGGUGGUUAGUUCUCUUGUCAUCUUCCUGGCAAAUAUUUACAUACUCUCACCCAGUGCAUACCGACAAAAUGGAUACGUGGCAGAUAUCAGUUCUCUUGGUGCCAUAACAUACACCUGCAUAAUCUGGACAGUCAAUUGUCAAAUUGCUCUAAUUACCAGCCACUUCACUUGGAUCCAACAUCUCUCCAUAUGGGGCAGUAUCUUGUUAUGGUACAUUUUCUUGGUACUCUAUGGUGCAUUGCCUCCAUAUUUAUCAGGAAAAGCAUUUCAUGUCUUCAUUGAAGAGAUUGGACCAGCACCCUUGUACUGGAUGGUUACCUUGCUCGUCGUCAUCGUUUCUCUUCUUCCUUACUUCAUACACAUUGUCAUUCAAAGAUCAUUUAAUCCCAUGGAUGAUCAUAUCAUCCAAGAAAUGAAGUACUGCUUCAGGAAAGAUGAUGUGACUGAUAAUCAAACGUGGAUAAGAGAACAAAGAAACUCCCAGAGGUCUACUCGCAUUGGUUUUUCAGCAAGAGUUGAUGCAAAAAUUGUCAUUCAAAGAACAGUUGCAUCAAAAGAAACUAUCAAUCUAUAG